UUUAAUCACCUGCUGCAGUGCAACUCAGCGGAGCUCUGUGAUUGGUCAGCAGGCGUCUGUCAAACCCCUCCCCCUCUGCCACCGCGAUUCAGCACAGUCAGCAGCCAGCCAUCCAGCGUCAAGUUUUCGGGCAAUUCACCCACCCAAGGAAAAAGCCCGAAAAUGAGUCACUUUAAGGAGCGCUUCGUGACUCUGCUCCAUGAGAAGAACUUUGUUACAGACCAGUUGGCGACGCUGGAACAAAAAACGGGAGUUAAGAGAGAGUAUAUCACCGUGGGCGCUCUGAGUUUGGUCGGGCUGUAUCUUCUGUUUGGAUUUGGAGCCUCCCUGCUCUGCAACCUGAUUGGCUUUGCCUAUCCGGCAUAUUUCUCCAUCAAGGCCAUCGAGAGCAGUGUGAAGGAGGAUGACACACAGUGGCUGACCUACUGGGUGGUGUAUGGACUCUUCAGCAUCGUCGAGGCCUUCUCUGACAUCUUCCUCUCCUGGUUUCCCUUCUACUACGCUAGCAAGUGUUUGUUCCUGAUUUGGUGCAUGGCUCCGGUGACGUGGAACGGCUCCGACAUGUUGUACAAGCGAGUGAUCCGGCCAUUUUUCCUGAAACACCAGGCCACCAUGGACAAUAUGGUCAGCGAUCUGAGCGCCAAGGCUAAGAACAUAACCGAGUCGGUGACAAAGGAGGGUGAGAUACCCACAGUGUACAUCUGUUAACCGGGCCCUCAACCACGAAAAGGACCAGUGAGAAACACGGGAUGGCUUUGUGUUCGCGUGUGUGUGUGUGUGUGUGUUUGAGUAAUUGAAAGAGAGACUGAGUAAGAGUAGGUGUGUGUGUUUGUUGCUUUCUGCUUCCGUUUGGCCCUCUCUUCCGUUUCCAUGACGGAUGAUGCUGAACCCCCGCGUCAUGUGGUGAACUGAAGCUUCCCACUCGUGAGAAAAAAUAAAAGCUUGUUUGUGUCUGCCACGUCAGUUUACUGCCAUCGGUACUGCCAAGGCAAUCGGAGAAACUGUGACCUUUUUAUGUGACAUUAAUUUCUGUGUUGUAGUGUGACAAUGUGUUUCAGGCAGAUAUUACGCCUGUAACGUUUCAGUCAAUAUUAUUGUGUCUAUUUAAGCCAUUUGUGACAGAAAAUGGGCUGAAAACAUAACGGUUUUCAAAUAUGUAAACAAAGAUUUUCUAACAUUGUUAAUCAAAACUGGAACUUUUCGUUAUGUUGUCCUGCUCCUCAAAGCUUCAAUAGUACAUGUGUUAAGCAGCAUUUAAAGUCUGCAUGAGCUAUUGGGAGGUUUUUAAUCUGUAACUUUAUGUGGCCUUUUGAUAUGUCUUAAUUUAUCUUCUCAUAAUGAUUAAAUAAUAAAACUGGAACCUUAAUGAACUGAACAA